AUGCGUAGCUUCUAUUCAGGAAUGCCACCUUCAGCGCCAAGCCGCGGUAAAGUAACAUGUAUCAUUGGACCAAUGUUCAGUGGAAAAACAACUGAGUUGCUGAGACUUCAUGACCGACAGAUAAUCGCGAAGCGAAGUUGUGUCUUGAUCAAAUACGCAGGUGACACAAGAUAUGAUGCUAAUCUAGUUGCUACUCACACCAAAGUCACGGGACGGGGUACAACCCUUAAGGCGAAUCGCUUAAUAGAGGUCGAGAAAGAGAUAUUUGACCCCAACGUUCAAGUUGUCUCAAUCGAUGAAGGCCAAUUUUUCUCUGACUUGGCUGAUGUUUGUGAGCGUUUAGCUCAAGCUGGAAAACUAGUUUAUGUAGCAGCUUUGAAUGGAACGUUCGAAAGAAAGAUUUUCCCUCAAAUUGGCUUACUUCUGCCAUUCUGUGACGAUGUGAUCCAAGUAGUUGCCGUCUGUAUGGAAUGUGGAGCUGACGCUUGCUAUACGUUUAGAAGUACUAAGGAUAAGAAGGUGGAAGUUAUCGGAGGAGAAGAUACAUAUAAGGCUUUGUGCCGUGUAUGUUACUAUUCUGAAUCUGAGAAGAGAGAUUUGGAUGAUGUUGUAAAUGUCGCUGAGAAUCUCACCCGUGGUAGCUUCUGUCGAAAAGCGGAGGAAGGUGAUAUUCCUCGUAAAGUAUUCAUUCGGAUGCAGUAA